AUGGAGCUGGAGCUGGGGCUCGCGCUCCCGAACCACGCGCACCCAGCGGCGGGCUCCUGCGGGAAGAGGGCGUCGGCCGACCCGUUCGAGGCUCCCAAGGCCACGCUGCCGCUCUCUCUGCGCGACGACGACGACAUUAACGACCGCAUCGGCGGCGGCGGCGAACACGGCGCUGGCGCCCGCGAAUGGGAAAUGUGCAACGGGAAGAGGAAGCUGGCGGUGGGGUGGCCGCCGGUGAGGAGCGCGCGCCGCCGUCGUGGCCACGUGAAGGUGAGCAUGGAAGGGGUGCCCAUCGGGAGGAAGGUGGACCUCUCCCUCCACGGCUCCUACGACGAGCUCAUCCGCACGCUCCGCCUCAUGUUCCCGGCCUCCUCCGCUUGCCAAGGUCAUCAAUACGCGGUGACCUACGAGGACGGGGACGGGGACUGGCUGCUGGUCGGGGACGUGCCGUGGGAGGACUUUGCCAGGUCAGCCAAACGGCUCAGGAUACUCGUGUAA